GUACCAGUAGAGCAAAAGUGACUCAUGUGUUCAUCAGUUCUGGUGAAAAUGUCCGGCUGUCCUGUAGUGAUGCUCUUCCUGACUGCAAAUCAACUACAUGGAACUAUAACAGAUUCAGCAAUUCAACAGCAGUUGAACUGAUUGCUGGAGGGAAAAAGAAGAAAGACACAGAGAGCCAUGUGAGACUACGUCUGGGGUCUGACUGCUCUCUGAACAUCAAAAACAUCUCAAAAGAAGAUUAUGGAUAUUACACCUGCCAACAAUAUGUGAAUGGAGACCUACAAGGAAAUGAUACACAUGUUUAUAUGCAUGUUCUUCAUGUCUCUCCAUCAUCAUCAUUAUCACCAUCAUCCUCAUCCUCAUCCUCACAGACUGAGAUCAGUGCAGGCCGCUCUGUGACUCUCUCCUGUCAGUUGUAUUCAUAUGAUGGAGUCUUUUGUGAUGAUUGGAUCCGUUCUGAGAGAAUUGAGCUGUUCUGGGUGAAUCAGGCUGGUGUUAAACUGACAAGAUCAGACUCCAGAUAUCAGAUAUUAUUCUCGUCAGAUCACUGUAUCAUCACUCUGAAUACAACACUCCUGAAUGAAGAUCACAACAGAGAGUGGAGAUGCAAUGUUACUCACAGAGAUCAAGUCAAGACCUCAGUCACAUACACUGUCGAAGGUUCAGCUCAAGCUAAUUCAGCGACAGCAGUGAUUCCAGUCCACAACACAAACUCUCAGGAUCCCUCAACUGCAAACACACAUCAAACUAAAG